CUUUUAAAACGCCCCCUACUCCCUGCAAAUUCUCUACCAACUCUCCUCAAUCUCCACCUCUUUCCAUUUGCUCUCAAUCCCUUCCCUUCCCUUCCUCAAACUGCUAACAGAAGGCUCUCGGUCGCUUCUCUUCAUCCAGCGUCGCCCGCCUGAAGUUUUCCUACAUAUUGAUCCAUCCAGGUGCUCCUUCAAACGCUUCCUGCAAUGUCCAAAGCAAUGGACAAUCCUUCGAACUUAGGAGGGAUUGACCCGACAACCCAAAUCCUGUCCUUCAACCAGGCAAACCCAUCUUCAUGCUUGCAUGAGAGGAGAGGGAGGAAGAAGCAGCAUGAGCCAGGAAGGUUCCUGGGGGUGAGAAGGAGGCCAUGGGGGAGGUAUGCUGCUGAGAUCAGAGAUCCUACCACCAAGGAGAGACACUGGCUUGGCACAUUUGACACUGCCCAAGAGGCAGCUCUUGCCUAUGACAGAGCUGCCCUCUCCAUCAAGGGCACACAGGCCAAAACCAACUUCAUCUACUCUGACACCAAGCCCUUUUUCCACAACACUUCCCAACAACUGACACCCAUCAUUUCACCACCACCUCUCCCCAUUGUGCCCAUUGUCCCUACUGCCAAUCACCACCCCACACACCCACAUGCACCUCACAUUGUGCCCCAACCAGUCCCUACCACCACUUCUGCUUAUGCUUCACCACACUUUGCAGGUGGCAGUACCACCACUGACAGCUUCCUGGCUUCUGCUGAUUCUGACUCGGGCUACCUGAGCAGCAUAAUUUCAGAUACACACCUGCUCAGAUCAACUGAGACUGCAGUCCCCACUCUGCCCAGCGGUGGCGACUGCAGCCUUGGAAGCUUGGUAGCUGAUUCUCAGCGGGGUGCAACUCACUUUCAAGGCAAAGAUGGUUGUGGUGCUGAUGCCAAGAACCCAAGCAGCGCUGGUGGGUGUGAUCUUGAUCUUGAUGAAAAUGUGAGUCAGGGUCUGUGGGGUGAAAUGGAGAGGUUCUUGCUGCCACCUCUGGAGGACAGGCAAUGUGGGUCGUCUGCCUUUGGGGGGUCCUUCAUGGUGGAUGAGUGCCUGGGGCUCCUGAACCCACAGAUCAUGCAGAGCCCCUUGCUCGGUUGCUUCAUGUCCCAGGCGCCAGAGGCACUCAAUCAGACCAUGCCUGCACUCACUGAUGGUUUCUUUGAUUUGGGUUCCACCCAAUUCUGAGGAUUCCAUGUGAAGAAUGCUUUCCAUCACCUGCAGGAGGAGUGUUCAACCACAAGAAAAGGACACAUGGCACCACCACUGUCAAAA